UGUCGGUGAAGUCAGCGCCGAGUCCCAGAAAAACAGAGCGGGGCCAACUGCAGAGUGUAGUGCGAGUUGGGCAGGACGCGCGCAGCUGGCCCGCCCGCCCGGAGACCCGCAAGGAGUGGCAUUUAUUGGAAGAGUUUGUGAGACCUUCUCUCUGUCCACAGCUCCAGGACCAAUGCGUCUUUCCAGCACCUUAAACCACUGAGCCCCAGUUACAGAAGACUUGUCCUAUCACCACCAUGAGCUCUGAAUGCGAUGUUGGUGCUUCCAAAGCUGUGGUGAAUGGUUUGGUUCCGGGCGGCAAUGGGCAAGACAGAGCAACUGCAGACCCUAUACGUGCACGCUCUAUUUCUGCUGUUAAAAUAAUCCCUGUGAAGACAGUGAAAAACUCUUCAGGCCUAGUACUCCCUCCAGACACGGAUCCUACAAAAAUCUGCACUGGGAAGGGAGCGGUGACUCUCCGGGCCUCGUCCUCCUACAGGGAGAUCCCAAGCGGUAGCCCUGUGAGCCCUCGGGAAACCCCGCAAGAGGAAAGGAAACCAGAUGAGUGGAGGCUUCCUUCCAAUGCUGAUGCCAAUGGAAACGCCCAGCCCUCUCCACUCGUUGCCAAGGGCUACCGAAGUGUGCAUCCCAACCUUCCUUCGGACAAGCCUCAGGAUGCCACUUCCUCCAGCCCAGCCCAGCCUGAGGUAAUAGUUGUCCCUCUCUACCUGGUUAACACUGACAGAGGGCACGAAGGCACUGACAGACCUCCAGCAUCUCUGGGGCCCCACGGCCCCCCGGUCCCGGCGGCCGUCCCUGCCGGCUCACCUCUGACCUUGCCGACUCUAGACGAUUUCAUUCCCCCUCAUCUGCAGAGGCGGUCUCACCACAGCCAGCCAGCCAGCACUCCUGGCUCCCUCCCCCCCGUUAGCCAGACACCGCCAUCCUUCUCACCACCGCCUCCGCUGGUCCCUCCGGUCCCCGAGGGCCUCCGCAGAAUCUCGGAGCCUGGCCUCACGGGAGCUGUUUCGAGUACCGAUUCAAGUCCUCUACUAAAUGAACUUUCUUCGUCGCACGUUGGAACUGAUUCCCAGACCUUUGCACCAGUUAGCAAGCCAUCAUCUGCCUACCCCUCCACGACAAUUGUCAAUCCUACUAUUGUGCUCUUGCAACAUAAUCGAGAACAGCAGAAACGACUCAGUAGCCUUUCAGAUCCUGUCUCGGAAAGAAGAGUGGGAGAGCAGGACUCAGCACCAACUCAGGAAAAACCCACCUCCCCUGGCAGGGCUGCUGAGAAGAAGGUGAAGGAUGACAGCAGGCGGGUGGCAAAGAGCACUCAGGACCUGAGCGAUGUUUCCAUGGAUGGUGUGGGCAUCCCACUCCGGAACACCGAGAGAUCAAAAGACUGGUACAAGACCAUGUUUAAGCAGAUCCACAAACUAAACAGAGACACUCCUGAAGAAAACCCUUAUUUCCCUACGUACAAAUUCCCUGAACUUCCUGAAAUCCAGCAAAGUUCUGAAGAGGACAAUCCUUACACUCCUACCUACCAGUUUCCUGCAUCUACUCCUAGUCCUAAAUCUGAAGAUGAUGAUUCAGAUCUGUACUCUCCUCGAUAUUCCUUUUCUGAAGACACAAAAUCUCCCCUUUCUGUGCCGCGCUCAAAAAGUGAGAUGAACUACAUUGAUGGUGAGAAGGUAGUUAAGAGGUCGGCCACGCUUCCCCUCCCGACCCGCUCUUCCUCGCUAAAAUCAAGCCCAGAAAGAAACGACUGGGAGCCCCCAGAUAAGAAAGCGGAUACAAGAAAAUACCGUGCAGAACCCAAAAGCAUUUACGAGUAUCAGCCGGGCAAGUCCUCCGUUCUGACCAACGAAAAGAUGAGUCGGGAUAUAAGCCCAGAAGAGAUAGAUUUAAAGAAUGAACCUUGGUAUAAAUUCUUUUCGGAAUUGGAGUUUGGGAAACCGCCUCCCAAAAAGAUAUGGGAUUAUACUCCUGGAGACUGCUCUAUCCUUCCUAGAGAGGAUAGAAAGACUAAUCUAGAAAAAGAUCUCAACCUCUGCCAAACAGAGUUAGAGGCAGAUUUAGAAAAAACGGAGACGCUUAAUAAAGCACCCAGUGCAAACCUGUCACAGAGCUCAGCAGUCAGCCCCACUCCGGAAAUUUCUUCAGAGCCUCCUGGAUAUGUAUAUUCUUCCAACUUCCACGCGGUGAAGAGGGAAUCAGAUGGGGCUCCCGGGGAUCUUACCAGCUUGGAGAAUGAGAGGCAGAUUUAUAAAAGCGUCUUGGAAGGAGGAGAUAUCCCUCUCCAGGGCCUGAGUGGGCUCAAGAGGCCAUCCAGCUCGGCCUCAACUAAAGUGGAUCAUAAAGGUGGGAAUGCUCACAUGAUUUCUUCAUCUUCAGUUCAUAGCCGAGCGGUUCACACUAGCAGUGCGUUAGGCCCCGGGUGUAAGCACAAGAAACCCUUGUCCGCUGCGAAAGCCUGCAUUUCGGAAAUCCUCCCCUCCAAAUUCAAACCCAGGCUCUCUGCUCCCAGCGCUCUUUUGCAGGAUCAGAAGAGCGUCCUGUUGCCAUCGGAAAAGGCUCAGAGCUGUGAGAACCUUUGUGUCUCGGUUCCUCUGAAUGAUUCCAAAAGAGGCCUCCCCCUGCAAGUGGGGGGCAGCGCGGAGAACCUGCUCGUGCGCUCCCGGCGGGACUACGACGGCAGGUCGAGCAGCACCAUGAGCCUGCAGGAGUACAGCACCAGCGCCAGGAGGCCCUGCCCACUCUUGAGGAAGGCUGGCCCGCAGUUCACCAUGCUCUACCGAGAUAUGCACCAGAUCAACCGGGCCGGCCUCUUCCUGGGGUCCGUCUCCUCCUCCAGUGUGCGGGAUCUUGCCUCCCACUUCGAGAGGAGCAGCCUGGCGUUGGCCAGGGGCGAGCUGGGCCCCAACCAGGAAGGCUCGGAGCACGUCCCCAAGCACACCGUCUCCUCCCGCAUCACAGCUUUCGAGCAGCUGAUUCAGCGGUCCCGGUCCAUGCCGUCGCUGGACCUGUCCGGCCGGCUGAGCAAGUCUCCCACGCCCAUGCUGGCCCGGAGCGGCCUAACCUCUGCCCGCUCGGCUGAGUCCCUCCUGGAGUCAACCAAGCUCCGGCCCAGGGAGGCAGGCGGGCUGAACCCUGGGGGCAUCUACGCCUCCCCAGCGUGUAGCCGGAUGGCGGACCCCACCUUGAGCUUCAGGGGCCUCGUGCCUUCCGAGCCGCUCUCCGCCUGCUCGGACGAGCUGGACCGCUGCUCAAACAUCUCCAGCGACAGCCGAGAGGGCAGCAGCGGCAGCGUUCACGGAGACUUCCCCAAACACCGCCUCAACAAGUGCAAGGGCACCUGCCCGGCCUCCUACACCCGCUUCACCACCAUCCGUAGGCACGAGCAGCAGCAGACCUCCCGGCGGCCCGACUGGCGCCCGGAUCCCAGAGGGGACAAGGGCACACUCCUCAGGAACAUCUACCUAAUGAGCCCCCUCCCUUUUCGGUUGAAAAAGCCCUUCCAGCAUCCCUCCAGACAGCUUUGUCCCGGGGACUUCUCAGGCCAGAAGCCAGACCCCCCCAGGGGGUCUCAGCCCCAUCAGGACGAGCCCCCCUCCGGGGGGAGGCCCUUGGUUCCCAGACGGCUGUCCUCCCGGCACACCAUGGCCAGGCUGAGCCGUAUCUCAGAGCCCCCUCAGGAGAGACCCGCGGCCCCGGAGGUCUGCCUGACGGCCUUUAGUAAUGGGAACUCUCUGCCGUACUCAGACCACAGCCUGGACAGGAACAACAACCCCCAAAGUGAACUGGGAACGUCCCUCAGAGAUUCAGAAUCACCAAGGCAUUUUAUACCAGCUGAUUACUUGGAAUCCACAGAAGAAUUUAUUCGAAGACGUCAUGAUGAUAAAGAGAAACUUUUAGCGGACCAGAGACGACUUAAGCGUGAGCAAGAAGAAGCCGAUAUUGCAGCUCGACGCCACACGGGCGUCAUUCCGACGCACCAUCAAUUUAUCACUAAUGAGCGCUUUGGGGACCUCCUCAAUAUAGACGAUACAGCAAAAAGGAAAUCUGGGUCAGAGAUGAGACCUGCCAGAGCCAAGUUUGACUUUAAAGCUCAGACGCUAAAGGAGCUUCCUCUGCAGAAGGGAGACGUCGUGUACAUUUAUAAGCAGAUCGAUCAGAACUGGUAUGAAGGAGAGCACCACGGCCGGGUGGGAAUCUUCCCCCGCACCUACAUUGAGCUUCUUCCUCCUGCUGAGAAGGCUCAGCCCAAAAAGCUGGCACCAGUGCAGGUUCUGGAAUACGGCGAAGCUAUCGCCAAGUUUAACUUUAAUGGUGAUACACAAGUAGAGAUGUCCUUCAGAAAGGGCGAGAGGAUCACGCUGCUUCGACAGGUGGACGAGAACUGGUACGAAGGGAGGAUCCCAGGGACGUCCCGGCAAGGCAUCUUCCCCAUCACCUAUGUGGACGUGAUCAAACGGCCGUUGGUGAAAAACCCCGUGGAUUACAUCGACCUGCCUUUCUCCUCCUCCCCAAGUCGUAGUGCCACUGCAAGCCCUCAGUUUCCCGGUCACAGCAAGCUCAUCACGCCAGCCCCCUCAUCUCUGCCCCACGCCCACCGAGCCCUGUCCCCCGAGAUGCACGCUGUCACCUCUGAGUGGAUCUCGCUGACCGUAGGAGUCCCGAGCAGGCGGCCUCUGGCCCUGACCCCACCCUUGCCUCCUCUGCCAGAGGCUUCUGUCUAUAGCCCUGAACCCCUGGCCUUGUGGGCGAGGCCCAGCUCCUCCCUUACCCUCAGCGUCCCCCGUUCGGGCUGGUCGGCCUGGGCCACCCCACGCUCAGCAGUCUCCCCGCUGGCCCUGCCUCCCCCGCACAAAGCCUGCUCCCUGGCGCCCGGUUCCCAGACCUCCCUCCACGCCAGCGGAGAUGGUGGUACCCACGUGCCACCUCCAGGGGUCCUCAAGGAUAGCUUCUCCCAGCUGAGGCUUGGGCGUUCGGACAGGGUCAUCUCGGAGCUUAGUGACGCCUUUAGCAGCCAGGGUGAGCGGCAGCCGUGGCGAGAAGGAAGUGGAGCACAUGAGAGGAAAGCAGACAGGGAGGCAGGUGAGAGAUGCCCGGGUGGACCCGCCAUCUCUAAGAAGAGCUGCCUGAGACCGUCAGACGUGGUCAGGUGUCUGAGCACCGAACAGAGACCCACAGAGCUCCACACCCCAGAGGAGAGCCGGCCCCGCCAGCCCCGGGGUAGCCCUUUCCCGGGAAGGGAGGCUGAGCCCUCAGAGCUGCAGAGAGGUGGCGAGCCGGCCGAGAGGAAGGCCGCUCGGACUGCCGCGAGCGAGCCUUCUCAUCAUUCAUUGAGAGCAGGACCUGAUCUCACAGAAUCUGAAAAGAGCUAUGUGGAAGCAGUUUGCAAUGAGAUCAUAAACAUUGCCGAAAAAUCUGUUCAUUACUGCAGCACUGUUUCUCAUCCCCUUGACUUUCAUCACAAGGUAUCCCCUUCUGACAAUAAAUCAUCUCUAAUCAUUUCUCAGCAACCUCAAGCCCAGCAGCGAAGAGUCACCCCAGACAGGAGUCAAACCUCCCAGGAUUUAUUUAGCUACCAAGCAUUGUAUAGCUAUAUACCACAGAAUGAUGAUGAAUUGGAACUCCGAGAUGGAGAUAUUGUUGAUGUCAUGGAAAAGUGUGACGAUGGAUGGUUUGUUGGUACUUCAAGAAGGACAAGGCAGUUUGGUACUUUCCCAGGCAACUAUGUAAAGCCUUUGUACCUAUAAGAAGACUGAAAACCACAGAGAUGAUUUUUAUUGGAGGAUGAAGCAUAAUUCAUGAAUUUGUCUCUUUAUUUAAACAUUGAGUCAGUAGGAAAACUAAUGCAGUGGAUAAAGAAAGAAGAAAAAGAGAGGACAGAGAAGUGUUGCAUUUAAAACCUGGACCUGUCUAAGCUUACUGCGUGUAUCAGGGCUGAACCACGCAGAAAAGGAAUGAGGCAAGUUGGUAUUUACUUAGCUGCUUCUGGGAGCCACUCCAGCCCUGCCCUCUCCCCCACCCCCGCCCCACCUUGAGUAAUCUGACCUGCAGCCUGGUCCAGGAGCAGUUAGGCCAGAAAUGCUUCUUGCUGCUUCAGGCUUGACCGGCUUUGGCUCAAAAGGGUCAUUUAGCCUGCAGGAGCCCUCAGAGCAACAGGCAGAUCCCCAGCCAUCCUCCAAGGCCCACACAGACUCCCCCAGUCGCCCCGGAGCCUGCCAGUCCCCUAGUGCUGUGAGAGACCAGUCAGGGCUGCCAAGGCGAUCCCUAAACAGUAGCGGAGACCCCAAACUACCCAAGGCCCAGUGCCUCACUGGAGGUAGGUGGGGAAAUGGAGGUCAAAGUAGGCGCCCAGUGCAUUCAGCCUGCGUGCAGCUUUGCCACUGACGCCCCGGUGUUCAGCCACAAAAGCACACAAGGUUUGCCCCUGGAGCAGGGUGGCCAGGCAGAUAGUUAAAUUUGUAUUUCCAGGUGAUUAACUCAAGAAGCGCUGUAGCCUGAGGGCCCUUGCAGUGGCUCCUUCCCCGUAUCACUGGCUGUUAUGAACGGUCACCUUCAGGGCAGCACAGUUUCAUUUAGCAGAAUGCCAUUGCUGCUCUUUCUUUUCUGGGUUGUUUUAGGCCAGGACAGUUUGGGGUUGAUAGGCCUGUUCUCACAGAGAACCAAGGAUGGUGUUCAGUGACUCAGGUAACGUACACCAGUGUACACUGGACGCCAGGGGCCACUGAUGAGCAAGCCACACUCCAAGCCUUAGAAGAGGUUCACCGUGUCUCCAUUUUCAUUGGCCAUAGGAGUCCAAGGACUACCCCAAAUGUAGGAACCCAAGGUUAUGAAUCCUGACUCACCCUGUGAGGCUUCUCUUUAGAGCAGAAGGUGCAGAUACAGUGGCCCUAAGAGUGAGGCCGUGAUUCUGCCACUCCCA